CCCGUACCACCUCGACCCUCGACGCGGCCGACUCCCCGGGACUUCUUCGCCUCGGCCGAAGUUACCCUUGCCAACCAUCGAGGACUUCCCUGAGCUCCCAAUUCCGCAGAACGCCACGCCCCCGAACGCGAAGGAUGAUACGCUACAUUCGAGCCCUCUUACAAAGCAAGCGUAUGCCAGCGUUCUGAAAACCAGUAUUCUUGGUUAUAACGAGUCCAAGCCGUUUCUCCUUAUGCAGCUUCCGAUUGAAAUUCGCGAGAUGAUCUGGGAGGAAGCCAUUCGCGGCAUGCGGUAUCUGAUUGAUUCCACUCGUGGCCGUUACGGCCAUCACUCCCUAGACGCAGUAGAAAUCCGCCAAUACGACGAGGGGCGCGAACAUCGGCCGCGGUUUCUUCCAUCAGUAUGCCUGGUGUCGAAGAGUACGAUGGCUGAAGCUGUCGCAGUCUUCAUCCGCAAUUCCACUUUCAUGGUGUCUUCCAUUGGCGGGAAUCGCUUCCUCGAGGCCUUCCUCACGAGACAUAAUAGCUUCCCGAAUAUACGCAGUCUCCGGUUCGACUUCUUUGAUUGCUUUCCUGAGGGCUAUGAGGAGAACGCGGAUCUCGCACUGGCGGCGAAGUGUACCGGUUUGGCAACGAUCCAAUUCACAUUCCAUUCCAGCAAGCUGAUACACUGGGUUCUUGAAGAUGGAGACGAUUACGAUGAAGACGGACUCACUAGCCUUGCUCGCCCGGUCGAACAGCUGGUAGAGCGGUACAAGUUGAGGCAGCUCCUGGAGUGUAAGAAGCUCGACAAGGUUAUCUGGCAGCGCAAGGGGUAUCACUACGACGGAGCGGAGGUGGCGUUGCAGAAUCUAGGAACGUGGGUUAAAGAUCAAUUUGCUGAGAAGAAGCGAAUCAUUACUAAUGUGUACCCGUGA